AAUUAUAGGUCACACUAAGAGGAAUUACAUUUUUUCGCUAUUAUCGAACCAUGAUAAGGGCCAUCCGUUAACAGAAAGUCAUCAUGAAACAAAACUAUCCAAUGAUUGCAUUACACUCAUGUACAUGAAUCUUUUUCACCACCUAUGUUUGUGUCUAAAUCUCAAGUACCUACUCCAACGAAAACACUGCAAGGCUAUAUUAUUGAUAGCUCGAAGUUGCAGGAUAUAUAUAAUUCAGAAUCCGAACUGUAGUCAUUAUAACACUUCAAAAUGUUCCGACUAGUAGUUCUUUCUGCUCUAAUUGUUUGUACAUACGGUGCACAGUUUGGAUUGCGCACAGUUCCCAAACUCGACGGAAGAAUAGUAGGUGGCAAACCCGUCAAGAUUGAAGAAUUUCCAUACCAAGUCUCUUUGCAGAGGUACGGUAGUCACGUUUGCGGUGGCUCAAUAAUUGCACCUAACAAGAUCCUCACAGCGGCUCACUGUACCAGCAGCUCAUCGGCCAGUUCAUUGACAAUUCGCCACUCCAGCACCUACAGAGGAUCACAAGGAGUUGUGAUCAAGGUAGACCGUGUCGCCCAAAAUCCAGCGUACAAUCCGUUCGAAAUUAGCAACGAUGUUAGCGUGUUAACCUUAGUUGAAAACAUCAAAGAGUCAGACAUCGGCAGGCCCAUCAAAAUGGUCGAAGCGAAUGCCGUAGAAGGUGGUCGUAAAGCCGUUUGCACCGGUUGGGGCACACUUUCGUCGGGAGGGUUCCUCCCCCUUGAACUGCAGGCCGUGGACGUUCUAGAAGUCGACAGAACGGAAUGUAACAGGAGAUACGGUGGCGGUAUAACAGACACCAUGAUCUGUUUUGGUAGUCCAGGAAAGGACUCUUGCCAGGGAGACUCUGGUGGCCCACUCGUUGUUGAUGGCAAGCAGGUUGGAAUCGUUUCGUGGGGCUACGGAUGCGCUGAUCCAGAUCAUCCCGGCGUAUACGCCCACGUUGCUGCUCUCAGAUCAUUUAUUGAUAAAAACUGAAAGCAAUAUUAUUAGCAACUACUAAUUAAUAAAAAAAUGACCAACA